CAACCCAACAAAGCAGAGCAUCCCUAAAAAAAAACAGAGUAGAGUAGAGAGUAAAGGACAUGGACACGGCCGACGCCUACGACGCCAAGGCCGCGCUGGCCGACUUCCACGCGACACGCGCCGGAGUCCGCGGCCUUAUCGAGUCCGGCGCGGUUGUCGCCGUGCCGCCGCUCUUCCUCGCUCCAAACGGCCGUCACCCUUCCACGCCGCCUCUCGAGACGACGACGCCAUUCGCCGUCCCCAUUAUUGACCUCUCUUCCCCACGUCCAUCCGUCGUGGCGCUCGUACGUGCCGCUGCGCGCACGUGUGGCUUCUUCCACGUCACCAACCACGGCUUCCGUCCGGGCGCCGCCCUGGCCGCCGCGCGGGCCUUCCACGAGCUGCCCCUCGUCGCCCGGUCGCCGUUCUACUCGUUGGCGGGGCCCGUCGAAGGCGUCUUCUACUCCACGAUGCCCAAUGACCCGCCGCGGCGCGCCGCUGAUCCCGCGGCCAUUCCUAUUCUCCCUUGGCGUGACACUCUUCAUGUCAACAUCGGCCAAAAACAUCUGACCACUCCUGGCGGCGGAAGCCUUGGCCGCCUCCCCACGGAAUGCCAAGACGCGCUGGCGGAGUAUCAACGGGCCGUCUCGGAUCUCGGAAAGACGGUGGCCGGGCUUCUGUCGGAGGCGCUUGGAGUUGGGGAGGGGCGGCUCGCGGCGGCGACACGGGUGGAGGCUUCCACCAUGGCGUGUCACUACUACCUGCCAUGCACGGAGCCCACGAGGGUGAUGGGCAGCCUGGAGCACACCGACCCAUCUUUGUUUGCCGUGCUGGCGCAGGACGCCAUGGGAGGCCUCGUGGCGCGUCUCGGCGGCGACGGCGGGUGGACAGACGUGCCGCCGGUGCCCGACACUCUUCUAGUCAACAUCGGCGACCUGCUCAAGGUGGUUUCGAAUGACGAGUUCAAGAGCGUGGAGCACAAGGUGAGGAUCAAGUCCACUCGGGACGCCAGAGUAUCCAUCGCCGUCUUCUUCAACCCCGACGACGACUCUCAACUGAUUGGGCCGCUCCCGGAGCUCGUGGCGGCGGCGGGGACGCCGGAGCGGUACCGGAGCUUCACCAUGGCAGAGUUCAUGGAGUCCCGGAGGGAUCUCGGGCAUGGCACCUCGUGGAUCACUCGAUUCGAGCCUAUAAGCGAAAGCGACUAGCUCCUCUGUGUUUAUGUUUUUUCACUUUACUUGCUUUCAUGUAAUUCAAUCCUGAAGCUUUUCAUGUAAGUCAGUUAAUCGGUAUCAAUGAUCAUCUGAUCAUGUCAAAUUUCUUCACUCAGUUAAUUACUUGGAUGUAAUUCCUGGGUUUCCGGUUGCCUAUUUGGGUAUUUACAGUCCCGAUCGUUUCUGUUUGUAUGUACUAUUGAAAAUCAUAUGUCGGAAUAUCAAAGAUAAAUAAGACUUGCUGUGAG